CUCGCUAGCCGGUUGUCAGUUUCAAGCCGGUUCAGCUGUGACAGUGACUGGUGCUUGUGAUUGUGUUUUGUUUCUAUGGAUUGUACUGUUGUGGAAAUGGAAGAUAAGCCGUACAGUGUUGACAGUUCCGACGAUAUCAAUAUCGAGGAAGAGGAAGACGAACACAUCGAACAAAAUCCUAGUUAUCCGCCAGACUUUCCAAUUGAGGCUUUAGUGAAGUUAGAAAGGCCAUCACCUCCUUUACCGACGCCUCCUCACACUCCGACUGACGACACUCCACCGGCAAUUGUCGUAUCACGACACCAAGCUGCCUGGUCACCUCAAUAUCCCAUCCCAAAUCGAACAAUGCAGUCGCCUUAUCCUUACGACAAGCAAAUUCCUAAUUAUACAUACCCGACAGUUCCUGGUGUACCAGCUGUACCUUACGUCCAACCCCAAGUUGCAGCACUCCCUCCGUCAGCACCAUACCACGCGAUGCUGGUAAAUCAGUGGAUAAGGAACGCGGCUUUGUAUCAUCACUCAUUAAGAUAUCCCUCAAUGGCGCAAAGAAUGCCUGGAAGAAAUCCGCCUCAAAUGAGAGCACCCAGUGUUCCCGGUACGCGGCCGAAGAAGCAGUUCAUCUGCAAAUACUGCAAUCGCCAAUUUACAAAGUCCUAUAACUUAUUGAUACAUGAAAGAACGCACACGGAUGAAAGGCCUUACUCAUGUGAUAUUUGCGGGAAGGCUUUCAGAAGACAAGAUCAUCUCAGAGAUCACAGGUAUAUUCAUUCUAAGGAGAAGCCUUUUAAGUGCACUGAAUGCGGGAAAGGUUUCUGUCAAUCAAGAACAUUGGCUGUUCAUAAAAUUUUACAUAUGGAAGAAUCUCCACAUAAGUGUCCUGUUUGCAACAAAAGUUUUAACCAAAGAUCGAAUUUGAAGACUCACUUAUUGACUCACAGCGAUGCAAACAAGCAUCACUUGGAGCACUUGGAAGGCUGUCAAGAAGUAUCCUCAACAAGCCAAGUCCCCGAGUCUCCUUUGUUAGAUCUUUCACACAAACCAUCGCCACCCCCUGUACACUACCCGCUCAAUCCCCAAGAAUCCCCCGUCGAACCAAAAAGGCCUUUAGGAUUUUCAAUAGAAGAUAUUAUGAAGCGUUAACUAUAAUUAUAGGUUUAGUUGAAAGUGAGUUGAACCGCUUUGUAGGACAAGUUUGACGUACGAUGCGAACAUGCACUCGGUAAAUGAAACUUGUUUUAGAUAGUAAAAUUUUACCCAGUAUACUAUUUAUGUAUUACGGUGCGUUAUAGAAUCAGAAGUGAAAGAUUAAAAUUUGUACCUUUUAUGAACUCAACCAAAGAUGUAUCUCAGUUCUCUUACUUAAAACUUUAUUACAAGUACAUUCUUAAAUACUUAGGCUUCUAUAUCCUACGAUUAAUACAUAUUUGAUCUUAUUUAAAUACUAAAGACUGAAAUUGUUUAAUUAUUGUUAUGUUUCUUAAAUAUUUAUUUAUUACGAUAGUUUCUCAGAUUUAGAUAAGCGGCUAACUAAAGUUACCAAAAAGUAUUACCUUCGAUUAACUGAUUUUCAUUCCAAAAGUUAUGGCUAUGAUAUCUCAAAUAACGUUCAAAAUAAAUGUACCUAGUUAAUUUAUAAGUUUAGAUAAUAUAAUAUUUUAAUUUUAUUGUAAAUAUGUAGAAACAACUUUUAUUUGUAAAUAUAAAUAAGUUUACUUAUAAGUUUAUGAGGCUAUCAGCAAAGAAAUAUU